AUAACUUUGUCCCCCAUGGGGUGGACAUACAUACAAACAAAGCUAGCUUUUAUUGCACUAGAGUACAUAUCCUCUGUUGUAAAAUUAUUGCUUUGUGGAAGGAAGACUUUGAGAAAGACAAAUGGAUACACAAGAUAUUGAGUGUCCAUUGAUUAGAGAAACUGUAAAGGAAGAAGAGUCAAAGAACAAGAAAAAUGAGAUUUUGGAAGAAAUGAAGAGGUUAUUGAUAUUAGCAGGGCCUCUUAUGACAGUUAACUUUUUAAUUUAUUGUUUACAGGUUAUAUCUAUAAUGUUUGUUGGUCAUCUUGGAGAGUUAGCUCUUUCUGGUGCUUCAAUGGCUACUUCAUUUGCCUCUGUAACUGGCAUAAGCUUGAUGAUGGGAAUGGGAAGUGCAUUGGACACUUUAUGUGGGCAGUCAUAUGGUGCAAAGCAGUAUCAUAUGCUCGGUAUCCAUAUGCAAAGGGCAAUGCUUGUUCUUCUACUGGCUAGUGUUCCUGUGGCCUGCAUUUGGGCUAAUGCAGGGCAUCUUCUCGUAUUAUUUGGACAAGAUCCGGAAAUAUCAGCUGAAGCAGGAAGUUAUGCGCGCUAUAUGAUUCCAACUAUUUUCGCCUUUGCACUUCUCCAGUGUCAUAUUAGAUUUCUACAAGCACAAAACAAUGUGAUCCCCAUGAUGUUCAGCGCGGGGAUCACUACUUUACUGCAUAUAUUCACUUGUUGGAUUCUGGUCUUUAAGUCUGGCCUAGGCAACAAGGGUGCUGCUCUUGCUAAUGCGAUAUCCUACUGGAUUAAUCUCUUGUUGCUAGCGGGAUAUGUCAGAAUAUCGCCUUCUUGCAAAAACACUUGGACUGGAUUUUCAAAAGAGGCAUUUCAUGAUAUAUGGAAGUAUAUGAGACUUGCCAUUCCUUCUGCUGUUAUGCUCUGCUUAGAGAUUUGGUCAUUUGAAAUGAUGGUUCUGUUGUCUGGACUUCUUCCGAAUCCAAAGCUAGAGACGUCGGUUCUUUCUAUCAGCCUUAAUACAUGUGCUAUGGUAUAUAUGAUUCCGUUAGGACUAAGCGGUGCCACGAGUGUAAGAGUUUCAAAUGAACUAGGUGCGGGACGACCUCAAUCAGCUCGUUUAGCAGCUAGUACUGCAGUAUUAUUGGUGGCUACAGAAGGGGUUGUUGCAGCAAUUGUGUUGAUUUCGGUUCGUAAACUGUGGGGCUACUGUUAUAGCACCGAGGAAGAAGUAGUCGGAUAUGUAGCAGAAAUGCUAGUCUUGCUAGCAGGAUCCCACUUCUUAGAUGGUAUUCAAUCUGUACUUUCAGGUACUGCGCGAGGGUGUGGAUGGCAAAAGAUCGGGGCAGUAGUCAACUUGGGAGCUUAUUACCUUUUCGGAAUACCUGCUGGUGUUAUAUUAGCUUUUGUCUACCAUAUAGGUGGAAAGGGACUAUGGUUGGGUAUCACUCUUGCCCUUUUUGCACAAGCACUACUUCUUUUUGUAGUUACUCUGCAGACAAACUGGGAAAAAGAGGCAAAUAAAGCAUCUGAUAGGGUGGCUCCAGAGCUAGCUAACAUAGAAGAAAAUGCAGAAUGACACUUGAUUAGGAUGGUAAUGG